AUGGGAAUGAAGAUACGACGGGCAUUCUUACCUCGCGUUUGCUACCGGCACUCCCACCAUAAAACAAAAACACGUUUCUUGGCGUGCCUGUUUUUCUUUCGCGCAUGCGCAGUUUUGCCCUGCCGCCAUCAACCUUGUUUCAAGCCACGAGGCUUGCUUUCCCGGCCGAGUCAUUAUCGAAUGGAACAUCUUCGCUCGCCUGCUCACCCAUUCAGUCAUUCAUACGCUUCAUUUACCGACUUUCUCUCUCUCUCUAUCUCUAUUUCUCUUUCUCUCUCUCUCUAUCUCUCUCUCUCUCUCUCUCUCUAUCUAUCUAUCUAUCUCUCUUUCUCUCUCUCUCUCUCUCUCUCUCUCUCUGUCUAUCUAGCUAUCUCUAUCUCUAAAUCUCUUUUCGCCUCUCUCUCUCUCUCUCUCUCUCUCUCUCUCUCCUCUCUCUCUCUCUCUCUCUCUCUCUUUGUCUCUUUCAUCUCUUUAUUUCUGUCUCACUGUUUCUCUUUUCUCGUUUUUAUCUUUAUUUCUCAUUAUAUCGUUGUCUUCUUUUCUUUCUUUACAAUUUCUUUUAUCGUUUCCCUCCUUCUUCCUUGUUUUUUUCUCUCCCUCCCUCAUUCCUUUUCUCUUUUCUCUCUAUUCCCUUUUCUUCAUUUACUGUCUCUUUCUUUCUCUUUUUCUUCCUCUUUUUUUCUUUUCUUUAUUUUUAUUUUUUUUUUUUAUAUCCUUUCUUUCUCUUUACUUUCUCUUUCUCUCUUUCUUUCUAUCUCUCUUCUUCUCCCUUUCCCUAAUUUAUCGCUGUUUCUCUUUCUUUCCUCUUUUUUCUCCUUAAUCCUCAUCUUUACCUUUUCUCUUCUUUCUCUCUUUUCCUUUUUCUCUUUCUUUUUCUUUCUUUUAAAUCUUUUUAUUACUCUGUCUUUUCCUUUCUUUCUCUUUCGCUUCUCCUUUUCUUUUCUUUCCUUUUCUUUCUUUCUCUUAUGA